GUUAAGCGGAAAUUAAUGGCCAUUACACUGUUACCGUUGUUAUAAUGAUGAGCUGAAACAAUUAUGAAUUUCGACUCUAAUGGGAUUAGAAUUACUCAAGAUCAGCUCAAAGCAAUUGAUGAAUAUGAGGAGUAUAGACGGUAUCUUUUCAUUUUAAAAAUUCGAUUUUCUUGUAUUACAAGAAUUGUUGGAGAAGACGAUGGUGGGAACCUGUUUACGCCUGAGCAAUAUGAAGCAUAUAAAAAGAAAUAUAUACCGCUGAGACGUCAAAAUAGAAUAUUUGUUUCGUGGACGAACCCAAAUGGAGUCGAUUGCAUACUUCCUGGUCCUCAAAGUGAAUGCUUUUGCCAGCACCGUCUUAUACAGCAUAAAACAGAUUUCGAAGUAGUACCUACAGAACGUCCUGUACCUCUGCCAUGUAAACACUGCAAUUGUGCAAGUUUUCAUGUGAUGCCAAAAUUUGGAAGUCAAAUAGCACGUUGUCAUUGUAAACAUUAUGCUACAGAUCAUAGUGUGGUGGCUCCAUACUUUUGUUCAAGGCCUAAUUGUAAAUGUGAUGGUUUUAAAACAAGUAUGCAUUGUGAUUGUGGCAUUGAAGCGCAUAAACACGAAAUGAUUAUGGAAACAGCUAAAGAACGUCAUGCAAGAGGUAAACCAAUCGGUAAGCCAUCACCAUAUCAAGCUAUGGGUGGGAUAACUGGAUUCAGUUCACUUGCACCUGGUAUUGCACGUAUGGAUGAAAGUGGUGCUGGUGGCCUGUUGUCAGAAGACGAGCUGAAUGCACCGAUUACAUCAUCUGAUCAUCCAUUCUUACGAAGUCAGGCACAAGCCGUUUACGCUUAUAAAUUAGCUAUCAAUGAUGUUGAAGGCGCUGAACGUGAACGACCUGAAGUAGAAUCACAAAUGCGUCGUCCUGGUGAAUCAGAAUUAGAUUACUAUGAACGUCGUUAUCAAGAACGAGAAAAAGCCAAGUACAUUAAAAAACCACGUCAAAUAGAAAAACGAUAAUUGGAGGCUAAAAUUCUUUUUUAACAAUCUCUAAUGUGCAAAAACAUACAUAAUUUCAAGCUGAUUAUUUCUAUACUGUUUAAUAUAAUUUGUUAUCAAGUUUACUAUUUCAUCUAGUGAUUUAUUGAUUUUUACCUCAUUUCGUUGUUUAGAUAUAUAUAUACAGUUUAAACAAAAGUGAAUAUAUAUUAAACAUUGAACAUUAUUUUAUUUUCUAAGGUUGAUCUUCUUUUUCAGUUUUUUUUUUUAAUUUUACCAUACUGUUUUUAUUUCUUUCUUUCCCAAAUCAUAUUUCCUGCAGUUAUUUUUAAUAUAUUUACUUUUGAAAAUUUGUUUUAAACAGGGAAAAAGUUAAAUGUUCAAUAGACUAAGUGUGGUCAGAAUUCAAAAAUGCAUUCAAUUGUUCAAUAUUAAAUAAAAACAAAAUGUCUG